AUGCGUUUCGGACUCACCCUCUGCACCCUCUCUCUCAUCUUCCUCGGCGUCGCCGCCCAAUCCCAGGAACAAUGCCUCGACGACGAUGCCGCCUGCGGCAAAUGCUACGCCAACAGGUGCUACCUCGGGUACAUGAAAUCCAAAAAGUGCUGUCCAGACACUUCUUGCAAGAAGGGUGGCGGGGAGGGCGCUUACUGCUGGGCGAGAGACGCGGGCGCCGAGUGUUACUACUGCACCCUUUAUGCGCCGGGGGAAUAG